ACGUGUAAAUUUGGUAAAAUCAAUGAAGAGUAAAAUUUAAGACAUUGACCCGGAAAGAAAGUGUUAUACAGUGUGUGAAGUUAUGCUUUGAAAAUUUUCGCUCAACAUGUACAUGUAUAUACUCGUUCAUAACAAAGCCAAUAUGAACAUCGUGAUUAUUGCAGAUUUAACCUAUCACUAAAUAAGUGGAAUUUGGAAUAAUUUAUUAACAUGAAUUCACUGAUUCACUGGAUAAAAUCACCUUAUUUUUUUUUCAAUCUAGACAUUUAUAGCUGACGGUUGUAGGCGUGUGGCUAUGUAAAACAUAUCAUUUCAAGUUUUAAAAAGUUUCAAUAAAGUGAGAGGACCUUUGUUGUUGUUCUACUUCAAUGAUUAUUACGGAGUUUAAUGGUCUUCAUAAAAACAGCACAUGGAGAUGAUUUAUAAUUGGACAGAUGAAAAUGUUACGUAUAACGCGACCAAGGAAGACGUACCGACAUAUACUGAAUUGGUUUUGAAAUGGACAUCAUUACUCAUUCUUCUUGGAAUUAUAUGUUCUAACAUUGUGGUGAUUGUGUUAUUAUACAUUGGAAACAGAAAAUCAAGGAUGGGAUUUUUUGUCGCUAAUUUAGCGAUAGCAGAUUUUGCUGUAGGACUCAUGUUUGUGUUACCAGAGACUAUGUUUAAUCGCUUUAAUGUUCCAUGGAAUCCACAUGUGUGUUAUAUCAUUUAUGCGUAUUUUUCAAUUGUGCCAUUUUUUGUCUCAACAUAUGCAAUUGUGGUUAUAUCAAUUGACCGCGCAUAUGUUAUUCUUAAGCCAUUGGCAGCUGCUUCUAAAGGAAAACUAUACCGAUAUGGACUGGCGCUGUCGUCAUGGGCAAUUGGCUGCAUUCUAGCGAUACCUUAUGGGGUCAGAGGUAGAUUUAUUGAAGAUAAAUCAUAUUGCAACCAUGAGUUUAUUAGUUUAGGGUUUGUAUAUUUAGACUUGUGCACCAUAAUCAUUGUACCAGUUAUAGUAAUAAGUAUUUGUUACAUACUUAUGAUUGUCACAAUACGGAGGAGAGAGAGAUUUGGAAUAAUCAGAGGAAAACACAACCAAUCAGAUGUCGAUGUGGAUGUUAACACAAGUGUUAAUAUUGCGGUUAUUUCAAAGGCUAAGAUUAGAACCAUCAAGUUACUGUUUGUAAUUGUAGUAGUAUAUAUAAUUUGUUGGGCCCCAAUAAUGAUUGAUUCGUUAUUACUCUCUCAUGGGUACGUUGAAAGCGGAACGUGGAGUAUAAUUCUUUAUGUCCUUGCUCCAAUAAAUAGCCUUGCAAAUCCGUUGGUGUUUCUGAUUUUUAAUCGAAAGAUGUUUCGAAGGAAGAUAACAGUGAGGGCAAAUAAUAAUUAAUGUCAAGUCUACUUGGAAAAAAGAUGCAGACAUGGUAACAAGUUACAAGAAAAUUGUUAAGGAAGAGCAUAAGAAGAAACACGAUUUGACGAGCCAAAAAAGUAAUGAGCUGUAUCUUAACCAUCUUCAUGUUGUUGGCUGUAGUUUGUGUUUAUUUUUCUAAUGCGGCAUAUUCGGAUUAAUAACAUUUCUGCUUGUUGAACUUGAUGUGAAUAUUGUCCAUGCGAUACCAAUUUUUGGACAAAGUAAACAAUUUGAGCGAUAUAUUGAAAAGUAAGAAAAAAUGAUUUAAUAAUAUAAGAGUAAGGAGAUUUGAUGUUGAUGAAUACGGACAAAAAAAAAUGCAGAUCCAAUAAAAAGUGCUAACAAUUACAUAACAUCCUAUGACCAUCAUCUUAAAGAAACCUUAUUCCGUAGAGUUCGCUAAAAAAGGCUAAAGGAGUACAAAACUAGUCAUAAGUAAGAGAGAAAAAAGGAGUGCAUCAUUUUUCCAACAGUGUGCAUAAAAUAAUUACUAAACAAAUACAUCAAAUAAAAGUACCG